GUGCAGUCGAGUUUAGUCUCGAAUCUCGCGUCGAUUGUUACGGAAUUGUUUCCGCGACGCGUUUUUUUGCCGUCCGUUCUCCGUUUGACCUAUGGAGACUCGUGGAACUAACAGGUGUAGUGCAGUUUCGUAAAUAAGAGAACAGAGCGGAAAACGGGAAACGAACUUUGAGGAACGAGGAAUAAAGGAUGGAUGAAAAAUACGCGACGCGGACGACUUUAUUAAAAUAAUAGGCUUCUCCAAUAUUUAUUAAACGUUGCUACAUCGCAAUACAGCAAUACGCCUAACACAUUUGUUUAUUAAAUAGCACUCUAUACCCUCGGAUGAACGAAUUGAAUAAAAAAAAAAUAAAAUAAAAUGAGAAAUCGUACAUAGAUUUUCCUGUAUAAUCGAGAUUCUGACUGAGACGACUUUAAAAUUCGAACGACUCGAAGGACAUUCAUCGUGUGGGCAGAGGAUAUUCAUUCGAAAUCGUUACGGCGUUCGAAGGGCGCCGCCUGUAUAAACGCGCGUCGACUGUAUAAACGAUUCAGCUGAUCGAGAGGAGGCUAAUAAAUAAUUGACUCGUCGCGCCAAGUCUUUCCGAAAGAACGGCUAGAAGAGUCGUUCGAUCGGGAAACACGUUCGAGCUUGCAAGAGAGAGACGCGGGUAAAUCGUGACAUUCUCAAGAAAGUGCGAUACAGAAACGGAAGAAAGAGUAGUAAUCCUUUUGGGAUGUCGACGUACGGAAGGUGGACUCUGUGGCCGGCGAGGACGCGUUUUCGACACUUGACAAAAUCAUCGAAGAUCCAUCGCAGCUGAGAUCACAGAUGAUCGAUCGGACCGAUUUAUCGCGCAGCUUUAUUCGCUGAUUCGACACUUUUCCAACACGUUCAUUUCUAAAGUUGGCGAACGCGCGACAAAAAGAAAGGAAUUUCGCUGUUAAAUUUCGCGACGCGGUGCGAGUAAGCCAAAAUCAUUUUCGGGAGAUUUAGAAACAGUGCAGCAGCUAUGGACUGGAGAGGAAUCGUGCUGGCAUUUCUAGUGAUCACAGUAAUGAGGCACAGCGAUAGCAGCACACACGCAGCCCAGAUAUUUCAACAACCACUGACGUCGACCGCUGCGAUAGCGAGCACUGUGCAGAUCGAGUGCGCGAGCGAAUCGAUAAUCGUUCAUAUCUCGACGGAGCAUAACACGGAUUUCCACGGUCUGGUCUAUCCGCGCGGCUUAUCGAAAAACAGUUCAUGUCUACAGGAGUACAGGAGUCAGCCCGUUCCGAUCACUUACAAUCUGCCGCUCAGGUCCUGCAACACUAUGCCCACCGAACUGGAAAACGGUGGCAUCGAAUAUUUCAACACCAUCGUGGUACAGCCACAUCUAAAGUUGGUCACGAACCAGGGCAGAGGUUUUCACGUGAGAUGCAGAUACCAGACACGCGACAAAGUCGUAACGAACGAUCAGACUCAAGUUUCCAUGAUGCAGUCUCUGCCGUUACAGGCAACCGCACCGAUGCCGGGAUGCACGAUGAAGAUCUUCAGCGGUGAUCCAACGCAGCAUCACGUGGCGGAGAAUGUAAAGAUUGGCGAUCCCUUGACCCUGGUCAUUAGCAUCGACAAACAAGAGAUGUUCGGUUUGAAAAUCUCCGAUUGUCUGGUACGCGAUGGCCUCGGGUGGGGCGAGCAGCGGCUCAUAAAUGACGAAGGUUGUCCGAUAGAUGGUGAAAUAAUGGGACAAUUCGUCUACAACGAGGACAAAACGGAGGCCAGGGUAAAUUUCCAGGCGCACAAAUUCCCAUAUACGGCGAGCGUGUAUUAUCAAUGCAACGUUAGGCUGUGCGUCAAGCAAGGCGGAGGAUGCACUAACACGCCACCAUUAUGUAAUUCGAUAGUCAGACGACGCAGAGAUACCGCUAAUGCCCACGAGGCGAAAGGUGUCGAAGAUUUGGACGGCACCCCGGCCACGAUCGAAGUUUACAGUGGUCUUUACGUCAAUGAAGCAUCGGACGUUGGUUCCAAGUCAGACUUCUCCAGCGACGUCUUUCGUGAAAGGGCUCUCGAUGACCCGAACACCAUUUGCAUAUCGCAGAGAAGUUUCGCUAUUGGGAUUGCCGCCGCUGGUCUCAUACUCAUGCUAGCUGUGGUAGCCGCCAUCCUAAUAUUACUCGCCAAGAGACGGCACAAGAGCCUGUCCACGACGGGAUCGUCCAUCUACAGUGGACCGUACACUAACACCGCUUACAGCCACAGUAGCUAAGUCCGCCUACAGCACUUAAUAAUAACUAAGUUCGACGCGAGAUUAAGAUAGCCGAGAUGUGGUUCUACAGUAAAUCGAGUUACCGUAGAAAUAUCUAAUUUUUUAAUAUAAUGAAGUUGAAACACCGAAUUUGACAUGUGCAAAAUUCUAGAAUAGAUUAUCGAUGAAAUAAGAGAAAAAAAUGUUGAAAAUGUAACUUUUAACGUAUAACCUAGAGUGACUGAUAGAGGUCGGAGGCGCUUCUUUGACUGACUGCAUACAAACAUUACUAUAGAUUUCUCUAAAAAUUAGGCACCUUAAAUUUUCGGCACUUUACUGUAGAACCAUCUUAAAUUCAUUGCGUUUAUUGAUUUUCAUUUUGAAAUUUACUAAAUUCUCUAUAAUCUUAACGUUUUAUAUUGAAUUUUAAUCAAAUCUUAACGAAUUAAUACUGAAAGUAUGUCAAUUGACGCGGAUACCUACAACUCGCUGAUUCGCGUAAAGUACACACGAACAGUCUCGUCAAUGCACGUGCCUUAGCGCCAUGUCUUCCGACCUCCGAUUUCAGUAUGCAAUUUAGUAAUAUUUCGUUAUUAUUUAUUAUAAUUUCAGUAACAAAUUUCCAUCAGAGGGUACAGGUAUAUUUAAAAAAAUUUAUCGCAAUUGUUUUAUAAAACACUUCAAAAAUGUGUAACUUUCAAAGUCGCUAUUUUGAAUAUGUAUUAGUAAAUUUUGAAAUUCUCACUAGAAAUUCAAAAUCUUUGAAAAACAAUUUCCAGACAAUUUUAAUAUUUAUAACAAAGACUAUUAGAUGUCUAUAGACAUCAUGUGUACUCUGAAAGAGUUAUAAGUACUUAAAUCAAGCAGAAACAAAAACAGCCCACUAAUUGAUUGCACUUUGUCUAACUAAUAACUUUUGCUGCGAAUGUAUCAAUGGCAGUGGUAUAACUAUGAAAGCGUAAUUAGAAACACAUAUGUGCGAAGUUUAAAGAAAAUUAUAAAAGUAACUAAGAUUCAGUAUGAUGUGUGUGCAUGAGAUGAUUAUUAUAAAUCUUCGAUAAAACUGCCAGUACGGUGAACGAAUUGCCGCAAAGAUGCAAAGCAAUCAUAAUUUCGUAGAAACGAAUUAUUUAAAAUCCGAAAUCACGCACUUACCCCAUAAAUUAUUCCAACGUAUACGACAAUACGAUACUCGAAUGAGUGUGACGUAUGCAAGCGCUCAACAUAAUCAGAUUGUAAUUCAUUUAUAACGCUUAAACAUUAAUGUUAAUUAGGCUAAUUGAAAUGAGACGCUGUUCCAACGUCAGUAUAUUCCGGAUCAUUCAGGAGCAAUCAUAAAGUAAUAUUUUCUAAUGAUAAGUGCGCUUCAAACGGUUCUAAUAAAACAAAAUUCAGCUUCGAAUUAAAACAUAAGAAAGUACAUGUUUGAGGCACGCCGGAGAAUACCGAUGUCGCGACAGCUUGGAGCGUUUAGAUAUUAAUUGACGAAGACAAGAAAGUUCUACUGCUAACGCAGUCGCAUAACUGGGUCCAACGUGGUGAUGGGUACAUGACAUGUAAAAUUUUACAUUUAGAGAGAAAGAGAGAUCGACACCCGGCGUAACGUAACUGUUAAUUCCUCAAGCACUUGUAUGCCUCCGUGUAAGAACAAGAUGUUGUGGUAUAGUAGUUCUCUCUGGAAAUGACAAUGUAUUGCGAUAGCUGUUCCAGAUGAACUUUGAUGUAUCGAAUAAAAUGCAACGCCGAUGCUUACACGUUUUAUCAGAAGCAGACAAAUUAAUCUUCGCCGAUUAAAGGCUAAAUUUUUCUUAGUGAUAGACGUUCAAGUUUUCUUCUUGAAAGUUUUUAAUAAUUUUAAUUGUUUUGAAUAUCAUUUGUAACUCUCUCUGGAAAUUCUUGGAUCAUGAAUGUCUAUGUUCUUAAAAGUGCUUGAAUAUUUGAAACAUUCGAAAAAUUGAGGCCCAUCAUCAUCUUUAAUGUGCUUGCGGGGAUAAACACUCUUACGCCAAAUAUCGUUAUUAAAAGGUGUCUUAAAAGUCGAUACAGAGCAGAGUAUCGGCCUGUUAUAGAUUUUAAAGAAUGACAUGUAGUAAAUAUGUUUUUCAGUGUUUUCUCAAAUCUCUCAAGAGUAUCUCGCAUGCGUGGAUACGGGCCUUCGAAUAUUGCGCACGAAUUUACUCAGGGGCGAGAUCAUCCUUUCCUUUCAUACUAAGUACACCAAUAGGGUAAACGGUUUCCAGUCCUCCUAGUAUUAUAUCCUCUCGAAAAGUGCAAUAACUUCGAAGUGUUCCGUGGGUCCCGCGGAAUUUCUGUCAAGGAUUAGAAUUGCCCGGCGAAUGGAUCAUACGUGAUUUCUCGCCGCGCCAUGGCAUUGGUUCAUAGUGAUCAUUGGGGACGAAAAUGCCUAUAUAGUACUUCUUUCUCGCGUUAGAAGGUGAAUUCCGAUGCUCCCACAAUGUUCCUCUGGACCCUUGUCAAAAUCAAAAGAAUCUACAACGAAUUUGUGUGUAAAUAAUAAACAUUUAAUAAAACUAAUAAUUGUAAG